CUCAUCGCCGACGAUACUACUAAAUUUAACAUUAUUCCUAAUAUUACCAUUACUAACCAACAGCGCUUCACUAAGGUCUAUAGGGAUAGCUAUAUCUCCGGCUUCCUCAAGGGUAGUAAGUUUAACGCUCUUCUCUCUAUUAAACUAAAUAAUAUAGAGAGCGCCAUAAACAUUAAGGGAGCGCUAUUACUAAAGCGGCCUUUACCUUUCCAGAUCAAGUCCAGGACGCACGCUAUCCUUACCAAAUAUUCGGCCUUACAAUCAUAUCAACUCCUAUUAAAUAAGGGCAGUCCACUCGACUAUAAGAAUAUAGGUAUCUAUAUAAACGCUCUACUAGAAAGUUAUCUCGAUUAUAAGGGGAAAUCAAUCCUAACCGUCUCUAUAACUACGAAGGACACUACAACGGAGAUUAAAUCGAUAAAGGAAGAGUUCAAACAGGACCUAUUUAGCCACAUCCCGGAUACCCCAUAUAAUAGCAGUCUGGUUAGGCUAGUAAAAGCUAAGCGCGAUUGUCGAUUACAGAUGAUUCGGAUCGUGAAAGAGGUAUUUACCUUAUUAAUAGAUGCAGAUACCGAUGCCGUGGUACUGACUCUUCAGGUUAACGCCGUUACAUAA